AUGUGGUUAUCGCCUCGCUUGUUCGCCUUGCCAGUAAAGGCUGCAGAAAAAUUCGCCAAAUACGCGUCUUUUAGUCCGACUCCACUUUCUUUAAAAACCCUGACUUCUUUUGAUAUCAUUCAAUCAACCCGUUUUUUGAGCACAGAAUUGCCUGUCAGGAUCGCGAAUAUUUUGCAAGAGUUACAUUUACUCCCUAAAAAGUUAAUAGAAACUCCUUCAGCCUCUUUAGUGACUAGUUGGUAUGUUUGUGGCCUUACCGAGUUCCUCCACUUUAGGUAUGAAGAGUCGUUUAUGAGUCUUAUAGACUUUGAGAGCAAGGAUUUAAACGCAAAGGAGUGUGAAAAUUUUCUGGUGUUUUUGGACAAAGCUUUAUCUAGGCACAGUACUGUUGUUGAAACAAUGGCAGCGGGUGUCAUGGAAAUGCAUGAAAAACACGGAGAAGAUCCUGUCACCAAUAACCAGCUGCAGUACUUCCUAGACCGGCUUUUCUUGAUGCGAAUUGGCAUUCGCAUGCUGGCAAUGUUGGUUUUCGGUCCUGAAUUUAACAAGCACCAUCGAUUUGUUGGAUGCAUUGACCAGCACUGCAACGUCGUCCACAUACUUAAUGACGCCUACGACGACGCAAAACUGCUCUGUGAUCACUAUUAUGCGGAAUCACCAGGGAUGGACGUAUCUCUUGUAAAUGAUGCAAAUGGUGUUAUUGAAUUCGUCUACGUGCCCUCCCACCUCUACCAUAUUCUUUUUGAGCUUCUUAAGAACGCUCUUCGUGCCGUAGUGGAGAAGGGUCGAAAGUCUAUCAACGAUGAGUACCCAGCUAUCAAGGUUCUGAUUGUCAGUGGUGAGCACAAUGUUACUAUCAAGGUUGGUUUGAAAUUUAAUGUGCCUUUUGCUUAA